UUAAGGGAAGGAGAAGAACCCUAAUUGUACCUCAACCCUCACGGUUUUUUUGGUCCGGCAUUUGCGGGUUAGACAUUUUGAGAGUGAGGGGUAAUGGUAAGGGAUAAGGGAUCCCCACCCUCAAAGUGUCUCUUGUGGGAAUUGAACUCGAAGGUUGGAAGGUACAAUCCUUACCACUAGACUAAGCUUAAUUUGAUACAGUACCUUUUUUUUUUUUAGGGAAGCUUGUUACAGUGCAUAAUGUAUGUUACUCUAUAUUUUUUUUUUUUUUUUGAAUACAUGUAUGUUACUCUAUUAUUUUCCAAUAUAUGGUGUAUAAAAUACCGUAAUUUCUUCAAAAAAAAAUAAAAAAUGCCGUAUUUUUUUGUCUUACAACAAAAUACCAUAAAUUGUACUCCGUACUGUAACAUGGGAAAGACGUAAACAAGCCCUAAAAAGUAACCACGUCGCAGAAACCAUCAUCAACUUCCUCACCAUGCCAGAAUCCAAUUUCACAAUAAAAUCACAACCCUUAAUCAACAAAACGGCUCUUAGACUUUCUUCGAAUCCAACGGCUAAAAUUGCACCGAUCAUUCAUCUAUUCUUCUUUGGCCCUAAAUCAAGGUCCCAAUCACAAAAUCAGAACGUUACAAUUACCAAAUCUCUUUUGAUUAAACAAACAAUCUUUCUCCCCAACACACCAUUACCCAAAAAAAAAAAAAAAAAAACUCUACUUUCUCUCUCUUCGUCAAAAUUCGACCGUUUGAAAGGGAAAAAAAAAUCACAUUUUUACAAACCCAGAAAAAACAGAGCAAAUUUACUCAAACAUUAGAUUGAUCAAUGGCUGAAACAUUAACCCUUGAUCCAAAAACCCUACUUCUUUCUCAUUAUUCUGAUCCAAGCAAUAAUACCCUUCAAUUAAUCACUGAUCCUUACUUCAUGGAACGAGGGCCAAGAUACAACGCUUAUGCUCAACUCAGAGAAUCAAAUCUCCGAUCAAAAAGACUCAAAUUUGAGGAAGAUCAGCAGUUUUUAGAAAUACCCAGAUCAGAUUCUUCACCAGAAAAGAAAAAUGAAGUCAGGUUUCAGGGGAAUUUACUGGGUAAUUGUACAAAAAUUGAGGAAGAUGAACAAUUUCUGGAAAUACCCAGGUCAGAAUUCUCACCAGCGAAGAAAAAGAAUGUCAGAUUUCAGGGGAAUUUACUGGGUAACUGUAAAAAAAUUGAGGAAGAUGAACAAUUUCUGGAGAUGAUACCCAGGUCAGAAUUUUCACCAGCGAAGAAAAAUGCAAGAUUUCAGGGGAAUUUACUGGUAAAAGUAAGAAAAUUAAGGAAGAAGAACAAGAAUGUAAGGUUUCAGGGGAAUUUACAGAAUAACGGUAAAAAACAGGGGUAUUCUGUUUUGGCUCAAUCAGUGCCUGAUUUUUCUUCUGCAUUAAGGAAAGAGAAUCGGAAACCGUCUGAGAAUCGGAUUCCGAGGUUUGAGAAGAGCGCAACGCCGCCGCCUUUGAUGUCGAAAAGGGAGAAAAUGAUCGGAAGUGGGAGUAAAUUGGGAGGUGUUGGAAGUAAAUCUGUGAAUUCAGGGGAAAAACAGAGUAGUGGGAAGUUGAUGAGUAUGGGAAGAAAGAGUUAUGCUAGUAUUGAUGAAUUGAAGGGUUUGUCAAUUGCUGCUGUUAAUGCUACUAAUGGUGAAAAUAAGGUUGGAAAGAAGAGUGGUAAUACUAGUGUUUUGAGGAAGAGCACUGUUUUUAGUACUAGAUAUUAUUGAUUUUAUGAUUUCAUUUUUUUCAUUAUAUUCUUUGAUUGAUAUUGUUGUUUUGGUUUGA